UCGAGCCUAUAAAUUUGGAACAAAGACCCCACAAGCUUUUCUUUUUUCUUUUAACCUUUUUCUCUUGCUUUAGACAAUGCUUAAUAGCAAACAAAAAGCAUUCAAAAGAAGAAAAUAAAUAAAUAAAUAAAUAAAUCCAAAAAACUGUGACAGAGCUACAGGUCCACACACAAGCGGCCAUGUAAUGCAUCAUAGAACCAAGAAAGUUCUCUAGCCUUUUCCAAACGAAGUGUCAAAACGCGUAUAUGAAGUAGGCAAGGGUGGUAGAUCUCCAAUUCUCCAUUUUCCACCAGAAGAGGUUGAAAAACUGUGAUCUGUGCACAGCCAAAAGAGAGAGAAAAACAGUGAGAAACCCAGAUAAUCAUCAACCAAUCACAUAUUCAUUACUGGGUCAAAAUAUCUCAAAAAGACCAUACACACACAGUACACAGAGAGAGAAGAGACAGUAGCUUAGAAUUUGUUUUAGAAAAACAGAAAGGCUUUGCUUUUUUUGUUUGGGGAAUGGCAUGGCCUUCUCUUUCCCAGUCCCUUCUCAAAACUUGUUCUGUUUCACUCUUUCUGAUCUCCACCCUCCUCUUCUUCUUCCUCAUAACCCCAUAUCAAUUUCCUCCUUCCCUAUUCUCCUCCUUCUCUUUUCCUCUAAUUCCACGUAGGUCCCUUCUUCUUAACAAUUCCACCGUUGAGCUUUCUUGCUCUUCCUUCUCCUCCAAAUCCUCUGAUGGCCUCUUCAACUACUCUUCCCUCCAUUUCUGCCUCUUCAACCAGAACAAAUUUCUCUCUAUCCCUUCCCUCUCUCUUAUUCUCGUCCUCCACUUCUACAUUCUCAUCAAAACCGCGCAAGAUCAUUUCUCCGUUGUCACAACCAAGCUUUCUCUCCACCUCAACUUGUCUCCCAGCAUGGCUGCUGUGACCCUCUUGGCGCUCGGCAAUGGGGCUCCCGAUGUGUUCGCAUCGCUCGCCGCGGUCCGCGGUGGUCAAUAUCGAACUGGGUUCGGCGCGAUACUCUCUGCGGGUACUUUCGUAUCGGCCUUCGUUGUUGGGUUCGUGUCGAUUUACGCCGCACCCUUUUCUUUGAGCCCGGCGCCGUUUGUGAGAGAUGUGCUGUUUUACCUGACAGCGGCGUUGUUUUUGUUCUAUGUUUAUCUCAGUGCCGAGAUUUUUCUCUGGCAGGCUGUUGGGUUUGUUGGGUUUUACUUGUUCUUCGUUGGGAUUGUGUUUUGGAUGGAUUUGGGAAUGGGUGAAGGCAAAGGGAAAAGUGGGGGUGAGAUGGGCGUUGUUGGAGAUGUUGAAGGACAGAGGGGCGUGGCGGUGGCAGUGCCUGAUAUCGAGAUCCGAGAACUUUCUGCCAACUUGGAAAAAGGAAAGCCAAGUUUUGGAUUGCAGCGAACCCUUGGAAUGAUUCCAAAAUUAUGGGAGCUUCCUGUCUCGUUUCUUUUAAAGCUCACAAUUCCACGAACUUCACCUUUUGAAUGGAGCAGAUUCUACAUGUCAGCGAAUAUUGCUCUGUGCCCACUAGUACUUUUGUAUUCUUGCAACUCAUUCAUGCCAUUUAAUCAUAAAAUCGUUUUCCUCCUUCCAAACACCCAUUUUCCUCUUUGGUUUGUAGUACUAUUUGGAAGCUCCUCCCUUGCACUUCUCCACUUCAUAACAGAAACUGAACCCUCUAAAACAGAGCAAUUGCCUAUAGUGACCGUAGCAUUUGUUAUGAGUGUUUUCUGGAUAUCCACUGUGGCUGGAGAAUUGCUGAAUUGCCUUGCUACACUUGGGGCACUCCUGAAGUUGCCACCAGCAAUUCUAGGACUUACAGUGCUUGCAUGGGGGAAUUCAGUGGGUGAUCUGGUUGCUGAUGUUGCAGUUGCCAAGGCCGGCCACCCUGCGAUGGCCAUGGCUGGGUGCUUUGCCGGACCGAUGUUUAACAUGCUUGUUGGGCUUGGGUCAGCUUUGGUGAUACAAACAAGCAAUGUUUACCCAGAAGCAUAUGAGCUUCAUUUUCAUGUGGGCAUCGUGAUUGCUUUUGUGUUCUUGCUUUUGAGCUUGAUGGGUUCUCUAUUGGUGAUUACAUGGUCCAGAUUCAGAGUGCCUAGGUUCUGGGGAUUCUGUCUUGUUGGUCUAUAUGUUGUUUUUAUGGCCGUUAGCUUAGUUAUUGCCAAGUUUUCUGGGUAACUUAUCUAAUCUAAUCUUCUGAAAUGAGUUUUAAUUUUUUGGGGGCUAUUAGAUUAAUGCCAAGAGGCAGUGCAGGGAUGCAGCUACGACAUCUCAGGACUCUAAUUUGUUGUGCAUAUACACAUCUAUAAGCAUUCUUGGUUGUGCAAAGAAGAAUGCUAGAUUCUAGCGCUACACUACAACUUGAAGAUGAGCCAGUUUAUCAGCUAGCCCCCGACAGAAGGAUGAAUGCCUUUUGUUUCUUCAUUGGAUGAAUGCUUUUUAUUUUCUUGUAAAUUUUUUGGUCAAUUGGUACCAAAGUUCUAUAAUUCAUAUUAAAGAAAGCAGAGUUAUAAUUGGGAAAUGUACAGAGAGUAUUAUUCAUGGCCCAAAGAAUAAUUUUUAAUUGCAGCAUAA